AGCAUCAUUCGUUUGAAGAAAGCCAGAGAGACAACACAUCGAAGUUAGUCCGAGUGCGCGCCUACUAGGAGCUAUUCUAAGCUAAAGAGUGCUGCAAAUUCUUGAGUGAAAAGUCGAUUGAAGAAAGUUCUGUGAACUAUUAAUUGAUAAAAGUGAUCAAAUUCUUUAUUCUUGAGAAGAAAGCAGAAAAAAAGCAAACAAGAUGCCGGAAGUCGAGACCGAGACCUUUGCGUUCCAGGCUGAGAUCGCUCAGCUGAUGUCGCUGAUCAUCAACACCUUCUACUCGAACAAGGAAAUCUUCCUGCGAGAAUUGAUCUCCAACUCUUCGGAUGCCCUGGAUAAGAUCCGCUACGAGUCGUUGACCGAUCCCUCAAAACUGGACAGUGGCAAGGAGCUGUUCAUCAAGCUGAUCCCGAACAAGGAAGCCGGCACGCUGACGAUCAUCGAUACCGGUAUCGGCAUGACCAAGGCCGACCUGGUCAACAACCUGGGAACGAUCGCCAAGUCCGGCACGAAGGCCUUCAUGGAGGCGCUGCAGGCCGGAGCGGACAUCAGCAUGAUCGGUCAGUUUGGUGUGGGUUUCUACUCGGCGUACCUGGUCGCGGACAAGGUCGUGGUCACGUCCAAGAGCAACGACGAUGAGCAGUACGUGUGGGAAUCGUCGGCCGGAGGUUCGUUCACGGUUCGCACCGACCCCGGUGAGCCGCUGGGCCGUGGUACCAAGAUCGUCCUGCACAUCAAGGAAGAUCAGCUGGAGUACCUGGAGGAGAGCAAGAUCAAGGCCAUCGUCACCAAGCACUCGCAGUUCAUCGGCUACCCGAUCAAGCUGCUCGUUGAGAAGGAACGCGAACAGGAGGUGAGCGACGAUGAGGCCGAGGAGAAGGAGGACAAGAAGGACGAGGAGAAGAAGGAGGACGAGCCCAAGAUCGAGGAUGUUGAGGACGAUGAAGACAAGAAGGACAAGAAGAAAAAGUCCGUGAAGGUCAAGUACACCGAAGACGAGGAACUCAACAAGACCAAGCCGAUCUGGACUCGCAACGCCGACGACAUCUCCCAGGAAGAGUACGGCGAGUUCUACAAGUCGCUCACCAACGACUGGGAGGACCACCUGGCCGUGAAGCACUUCUCCGUUGAGGGUCAGCUGGACUUCCGUGCGCUGCUGUUCGUCCCGCGUCGUAUGCCCUUCGACCUGUUCGAGAACAAGAAGAAGAAGAACAACAUCAAGCUGUACGUGCGCCGUGUCUUCAUCAUGGACAACUGCGAGGAGCUCAUCCCAGACUACCUGAACUUCAUGAAGGGCGUCGUCGACUCCGAGGAUCUGCCGCUGAACAUUUCCCGUGAGAUGCUGCAGCAGAACAAGAUCCUGAAGGUCAUCCGCAAGAACUUGGUCAAGAAGUGCUUGGAGCUGUUCGAGGAACUGUCCGAGGACAAGGAAACGUACAAGAAGUUCUACGAUCAGUUCAGCAAGAACCUGAAGCUGGGAGUGCACGAGGACAGCUCGAACCGACAAAAGCUGGCCGAUCUGCUGCGUUUCAAUACGUCCGCGUCCGGAGAUGAGUACUGCUCGUUCGGUGACUACAUUGGCCGCAUGAAGGAGAACCAGAAGCACAUUUACUACAUCACCGGCGAAAGCAUCGACCAGGUCAAGAACUCUGCCUUCGUUGAGCGCGUCAAGAAGCGAGGAUUCGAGGUGAUCUACAUGACGGAGGCCAUCGAUGAGUACGUCAUCCAGCAGCUGAAGGAGUACCAGGGCAAGCAGCUGGUGUCCGUCACCAAGGAAGGUCUGGAGCUGCCGGAAGACGAGGAAGAGAAGAAGAAGUUCGAGGAGGACAAGGCCAAGUACGAGAACCUGUGCAAGGUCAUGAAGUCCGUCCUGGACCAGAAGGUCGAGAAGGUGAUGGUGUCGAACCGAUUGGUCGAUUCGCCCUGCUGUAUCGUCACCUCGCAGUACGGUUGGUCCGCCAACAUGGAGCGUAUCAUGAAGGCUCAGGCCCUCCGUGACUCGUCCGCCAUGGGCUACAUGGCCGGCAAGAAGCACCUGGAAAUCAACCCCGACCACGCGAUCAUCGAUAUGCUGAGACAGCGCGCCGACGCCGACAAGAACGACAAGGCCGUCAAGGAUCUGGUCGUGCUGCUGUUCGAGACUGCCCUGCUCUCGUCCGGAUUCUCGCUGGACGAACCCGGAGUGCACGCGGCCCGCAUCUACCGUAUGAUCAAGCUGGGUCUGGGCAUCGACGAGGACGAAGCCAUGGCCACGGAGGAUGCUGCUGCCCCGGCUACCGAAGGCGGUGAUGCUCCGCCACUGGUUGACGAUUCCGAGGAUGCGUCCCACAUGGAGGAGGUCGAUUAAACAAUUCCUUCGCACCCCCAGUAACUUGAAACUUUCCAUCGCCAGCACACGCUAGAUUCUACUUGGUUUAAGUUUGAUAUAGUUAGAUCUUCAAAUGACGGGUUUUAAAGUUUGCGGGUUUCUAAGCUUUGAUUUAUUUUUUAAUUUUUGUUUCCGCGUUCUAGCGGCUUCAAACAGAAAGAGAUGGUACAAUUCUGGUCAUUUAUUAGCGAUACACACAAAACCUGUUGUAUUUAAAGAGCAAACCCCAAAGCCGCGAAAAGAAAUGUUUUGGCGAACGAUAAGACCCCUUGAAAAUUUCGAACUGAUUACCUUUAACGUAUGUUUUAAAAAUGUAUAAAAUAAGUAGACCAAAUACAAACAAUUCAAUUCAAAUAA